GAACAGUAAUUAUACACCACUGUACUGUUGGUGCCUGGGCGUGUAGUGUAGUGUACACUUUUUUAAAACAUAAUUUGACACUUCUAUACAUUCGAAUCUUUAUAUCAGUUAUAACACUACAUUAGUUCUGGGAAAUCUUGGGGAAUUUAUGCCUUGUCGGUUAUAUAUUUUUAAUUUUGACUUUUAGGUCCUUAGCUUAUAGUUAUUUCUCGAUUCAAGUAUAACUAGUAGUAGUUCCCAUCACCGAGGGACUCCUUAUCUCAUUUAACUACAAUGCUUAUGGUUACCGGCCCGAUCUCGUUUAUAAUUAUACGUCAUCCAGUUCACAGCUCAAUCGGGUCAUUCUAAAGCUCGACCUUCAGAAACAACAUGCACCUGAUCACAAGGAGCUUUGUAUUGGGGAUGGCGAAGUGCAAAACACCGACAAUUCAUCAGUGCUGAAUAGAGUGCAUGCAUGUAUGUAUGACAUACGUCCAUCAUGCAUGUCCUACUACAUUGAUUACCCUCUAAAAAUAUGCCUGCUUGUCAUUUGUCUUGCUACCACUCCUUUAACCAUGUGUAUUGCGUAAGGCUGCUUCGACUCUUACUCUUAGAGUUAGUUUUGUAAUUUGUAGACAGAGGCCACUAACCUCUGCAGCUUGUGAUAGAUCGCAGUAUACAGGCCGGGUGGCAGGUCGCAGCAGGGGUCUGGGGUCUUGUCCGAUAUAUACUCUGUCAGUCAACAGUAGCUUGUCAGAGUUGUUUUGUUAAUGUUAAUAUCCGUCAAACGUUAACUUUAGCUGCUUUAUUGUAUCACUUGAGAGCCUUUAGUUGUGCAGUUCGUUCGUGUUUCAGUAACGGUGUUUCAUUAGCUCAAACAAUUUAGGAAUCGAUUAAUCAAUAUUUAGGAAGUAGGACUAUAGACGUGCAUUUGAUUCACGAUGUCAAUCCUUCGCAGCUCGGUGAGGCACAGUGGUGCAUCGCGCUACAAGACGUGCAUAAAAAGAGGGCAAAGAGGAUUGGAGGAACUUAUAGCUGUUUUCCUGGUUGUUUCUGAUUCGACCCAAUAAGGAAAUAAAUAAAAUCAGUGGCAAUUGGCACAGUGAUUAGUGGGUCGUAGUUUGGUCAGAAUAAAAUACCUACCAUUGGCAUUAGGAUUAAGAAUUGGGUGUAGAUUGAACAUGAAUGGUAUAGUGCUAACUUCCAGAUAUGGCUUCGCUUACAUAACGUCAGAUGCACAGAACUUUAGAAGAAGUUUGGCCCAGUAUAUUGAAUAGUCCCUAUGAUUAAAUUAUGAGGCCCUUGGUGAGGCAUAUCAGAUCACAGCAGCAUACUUCUCACAGACAGUAUGCCGAGUUGUUGAACACUGUACAGCCUAGACAAUCUGAUUCUAUGUUUAACAGGAGUCAGCAGCCCAGACCCUUCCAUACCCUUCAUCUUGCAGACCCUCGCAGGUUUAUCGUUUUACCUGCACGUACUCUCCACAAUCUGCAUACCUACAUUAAUAAUAUGACUCAUGACAAGCUGCCGGAUAGUCAAGUCGUGAUCGCGGCUUGCGGUUAAAGCUUUCAACCGGGCCUGAUAAACAAGCAUUGUACCACUACCUGCAGUCUGGACUUUGGAGUGGCUGUCAAGUUUGAUAGUUGGACAGAGCUGUAUAACCACAUUCCCCAUGUUGACGUUGGGUUAGACGAUUUUAUAACUUUGAUAUCGUUCAACCUAUUACGCGUAACAUAGAACCAAAUCUGCUAAAUUUGUGCAACCUUUUAACACUAACAGUGCAAACUGCAAGCUAUUUUGUGUUCAUACCAUUUUUAAUAAUUUUUAACCACACAAGGCCGGAAAUUAUUUGUUAUCUGAGCUUUUGUUUUUGUUACCAAUACCAUUUUAGUUCGAAGACUUCAGGGCAGGUAAUGGUACUCAAACCGGUUCGGUCAAAAUGGGGCUGUUUGAUUAAGUUUUACUGGUCUGCAUCAUGCAUCCCUCGACGGCCAUUAUUCUGCAGGUCCAUUAAACUUUAAAAUAAAAUCAAUUGUCUGGCACCGCUAGCAUAAAUCCUAAAACUACAUCACGAGAUCUUUAUACUUAACCAUUAUACUGCCACACCCCUCCAAGUUCGUGCGCAAUUAAUACUAAUAGUAAUACUCCGCCCCCGUCACUUGCAUGAUCAUGAUGCAACUGUUUGAUUCGAUUACUUUACUGUAAAUUUUGUUUGUAUCCGUUACGGUUAAGAUUUGAUUCUUUAAACUAUCAUGCCGUAGGAUAGUUUGAUGGUUUGGCCGGAGAUGAAAGCUAUAAAUAUUAAUAACAACGUCCCAGUCCACGUACACAGGAUUAAUAAAAAAGGCCUGUGACUAAUCUAUCUCCAAUCUUUGUAAGAAUGAAGAUAUAAAACCAUUCUGGCUCUGACACGACCUUUUAACUUCGUGAGUACCGGCCUGGUCAGUGGUCACCUGUACAAUCAUGUUAAAAAUGAGAUGACAUGGUCAUACUUUGCGGGCCUAGUUUUAGCUUAAGGCCGGAUACGUACGAUUAAUUGCUCGGGGUGUGUCCAUAUCAUUCAUUUCAACCCUAAACUUAAAGCAAAGCUCUGUGAAAUCUGCAUUUUAGGUCAUCUUGUGACUUGUUACUGCAUCAUAUGGCACAAGUUGGAGUAUUUUAAAGGCUUGCUUCAAGUUCAAUGUCUUCGUAUGAGCCCUCCUAUGUGCCUGAAAAUUAAAAUUCAUGAGAAUAUAUUUCCCUUGGCAGUCUCACCCACCCCCUCGACCGUAGAUUUGAACUAAAUGUUGAUAACUCUCGACUCGUAAAAGCACAUAUAAAAUUUACCUGUUCAAUUUAUACAUUUUAAUUUUACAGUAGGUUAAUAGUAAUACUAAUAGAUGAUAGAGGAAUUUAUAUAUUGCUAGCACUAGCACUAUCAGAGCCACUAUAAAGUUAAAUGUUUGCAAUGCAUGUUGCAAUACCCCUUCAACAACUUAAAUAUCAUAUACUACUAUAACCCCUCGAUAUAAACAACUCUGUUCUGAUUGAACAUGGCACUGGCCACUCAGCCACAGCUUAGAAUAAUUGUAUCGGAUGCAGGGCUUAACUUUAAAGGUUAUUGCCAACGUUUGUCUGCAAACUGUUUUUCAUGAGAUGCAUAUUAUAGUAUUAUACGAAGAUGAACAAUAUUACGUACAAUAUCUAUUGGAUCGUGUUUGCAGCCAAUAUCGUAAUUACGUUGAGUGAUCUAAGGUGAAUUGUUGCAGCUGCAGGCAAAUGAAACCUAUUGGAUAAUAGCUCCCUCGCGGAGAAAGUGAUGAUAUGAUCCUGUCGGAGCCGUAGAACAGUGCAAGUAGUGUUUUAGUGCACGACUUUGCUGCAGAGUAGUUUGAUGCCUGUUUCCGUACGGACAACGAAGCCGUUCAUCCCGACUUCAUACCGUUACAAAGCGAGGCGUCACGAUGAGACCGAUAUAGCUCAUGAUGGAAUCAAUCAAUACAUACCAAUACGGUUAUUGAAAAAAUUACUCAAAGUGGCAGUAAUAUUUCUCCUAGCCUUGCUUUUAGGACAUGUUUGCUCAAGCGUAUUGAAAGGUUUUGCAGAGAAUAAUACUGAAGAGGUAUCAUCCAAAAUCGCAAGGCCGCUUAAAUAUGCAAUGAGAAAGAGAGACGAGAAGGUAGAAAGCUUGAAUAGAAAGAGGCUUACUAUGAUGAAAAAUCAAUGUUCGGGAGGUGAUAUCUCAGAACCAAAGUUCCUGGCAGCUCACCAGAAGAAAGGAUUGUACAAUCGAGUAUUCGUAGAUCACAAACACAAAUUUGCGUACUGCAGUGUACCAAAAGCAGCCUGCACUAAGUGGAAGCAAAUCCUACUGAAGUCUGGUGAGGUGGCAAUGUACGAGGAUGAAGACAUUGAGGAUAUAUUCCCGCACUUGGAUUAUCACUUCAAGAGGCUGAGCGACCUGGACACCAUUAAAGCUUUGAGAGUGCUGGACAAGUACUACACCUUCACGUUUGCCAGAGACCCUCUAGUGAGGAUUGUCAGCGCUUGGAGGGACAAGUUUCAACAUCACCCAAAGGAAAACAGGUCAGACUAUGUCAACUUCCAUCACCAAUACGGCCGGAACAUAAUGAAGAGGUUCAGGGAGAAGUUCACACCCCACGAGCUGGAGAGGGGGUUCCCAAUAAGUUUCCAGGAGUACAUAAACUACAUUACAUCAUUCUCGAAUGUUGAGGAGAUGAACGAACAUUGGAUACCGGUGACAACUAUUUGUCGACCAUGCCACAUAAACUACAACUUUGUUGGAAAGUUCGAGAACCAAAAAGAAGAGAGUGAGUACUUGAUAGACAAACUAAAUCUACAGAACUACGUUCCUGAGCACUUUUUCAAAGAGGCAAGUAGCAGUUCGAGAGACGAGGCCAAGGUGUUGUUGAGGGAUAUUAGCGUGGAUAAGAAACAGAUUUUAACGAAGUUAUAUAAGGAUGAUGCUGCUAUUUUUGGGUACGAUUUAAAUGAGUUUUUAGGAAUUGAUUAAAUCUGUCGGUCCAUUAAUUAUGUGAUGUUUGAACCAUCGAUGUGAUAGAUUUUGCAAGUAGAUAUGAAGAUUUGAUAUUUAAACUAACAAUUGAAUGUAUAAUUGUGACUAUUUGUUGUUUAACUGGGAUUAUAUUAUUGUUGGUAUGGAAGAUUUAUCGUAUGUAAGCAGAUAGUGUAUAUUUUAAAUUAUUUUAAUUCAUUGGAUUGGUUUUGUAAUUUGAAUUUUGUACAUCAUUUCUUGUUUUGAUUGUUUUUUUGUUUUAAUCACCUUCAUUGU